AGUAGCAUUAGACUGCAUAAUACAUAAAAUGUAAGUCAAGCCAACCAAAUUAAUAUGGCUGAACCGGGAGCAUUUGUAGUAACCGACAGUUAGCAGCUUAUAAAGUUAACCGUCUUUCCCUUACAAAAGUACAUUCUUCUGCAGCCGGUGUCUGAAAUCAUAGACUCGGAAAGUACAUGGACGAGAAUGUCUAGAAGGAUUGUGAAAGUAACUGUCGGUGAAGUUGAUCAAAAAGAAGAAGAAAAAAAAAAGUGUCGGUUUGUUGCGUACAUAUAAAUAUAUAAAUCGGACACCCCAUGUUACUUUCAGACACAAACUUAUGUGGGCAUGUGGCCCCUCUUACCUGCUUCUGCGCUGUAAAAUAUCCGAGACAGCUUUGAUUCUUAUUAUUAUUAAUCAUAUCUCUUAUAAUUAUAGCAUUUCUUUCUUCUUCAUUGCUACCACACAACUCCACUAAUCACCUAGCCGCCGACACUCCCAAAAUGGCUUAUCUCCGGCGAGCAGCCGCCGCAUUGAUUAUUAUUAUGUUCCAACUCUUGUCUCUCUCAAACGCCCACAACAUAACCAAAAUCUUGGCCAAAAACCCUGACUUCUCCACUUUCAACCACUACCUCUCGGCCACCCAUCUCGCCGACGAGAUCAACCGCCGUCAAACUAUCACCGUCUUGGCCGUUGACAACUCAGCAAUGAACUCAAUCCUCUCCAAAGGCUACUCACUCUACACCAUCCGCAACAUUCUCUCCCUCCACGUCCUCGUCGAUUACUUCGGAGCCAAGAAGCUCCACCAGAUCACAGACGGCUCCACCUCCACCGCGUCCAUGUUCCAGUCCACCGGAUCCGCCACGGGAACUUCCGGCUACGUCAACAUCACCGACAUCAAAGGCGGGAAAGUUGCUUUCGGUGUCCAAGACGACGACAGUCAACUCACGGCUCGCUACAUCAAAUCCAUCUUCGAGAAGGCUUACAACAUCUCCGUCCUUCACAUCAGCCAAGUCUUGACCUCGCCGGAAGCAGAGGCUCCCACCGCGAGCCCUAGCGAUCUCAUCCUCACCACGAUUCUCGAAAAGCAAGGAUGCAAAGCUUUCUCCGACAUGUUGAAAACCACCGGAGCCGACAAGACGUUUCAAGACACCGUCGACGGAGGCUUGACGGUGUUCUGUCCUUCCGACAGCGCCGUCGGGAAAUUCGCGCCGAAGUUCAAAGCUCUCUCCGCGGCGAACAAGACGGCGUUGGUGUUGUACCACGGCAUGCCGGUUUACCAGUCGUUGCAGAUGCUUAGAUCAGGUAACGGCGCUGUUAACACGUUGGCGACUGAGGGUAACAACAAGUUUGACUUCACGGUUCAGAACGACGGAGAGGAAGUGACGCUUGAGACGGACGUUGUGACGGCGAAGUUAACAGGGACGUUAAAGGACCAAGAGCCGUUGAUUAUUUACAAGAUAGAUAAAGUUUUGUUGCCGAGAGAGAUCUAUAAGGCCGUUAAGGCGUCUGCUCCAGCACCUAAAUCAAGUAAGCAUAAGCCUAAGAACGCGGAGGCUGAUGAAGACGCUGACGGACCAAGCGCUGAUGCUCCGUCAGAUGAUGACGGUGAGGUUGCUGAUGAUAAAAAUGGUGCCGUUACGGUUACACGAAACAAUGUUCUUGUGACGGCGAUUGUGGGGCUCUGUUUUGGAGUUUGGCUCAUGUGAGAUGUUGUUGGUUACAUGUGGUUGGGAAUCUUGUUUUCUCGAUUUUCUUGUUUUUGAUCUUUCUUGAUUUUCUUGUGGGACAAUGAAUUCAAUCAUUAAAUUCAUUACUUGUUUAGUUAUAAAUCAUUAAGUGGAUGUCCCAUAGCCAAAACCAAGACAAGGCCCAGCCGUGUCCAAGAGGAGAGAGAAUCGGCGUCCAAGAGGAGAGAGAGUCGGCCUAUCCCUUGGCCGACUUUAGACUUAGGACGUUUUCUAUUUAUCUGUUUUAGAUCUUUUCCUAUUUCAUGUUGUAUUAGGUUUCGGAUAAUUUUCUUUUUUCUAUACUUUGUAAUCCUUAUAUAAAGAACCUCUAUUGUUCAUUAAUAAUACACAGACAAUUCCCCAUU